UGGACUGUUUGUCUGCGCAGAAGUUGGCAUGGCCUCUCCGUUCCCUCCGCAUCUGUUCUCCAUUAGAGGAGCCGAGCGUAUAAAGCAGGGAGCUGACAGGGGCUGGGAGCUAGUCUAGUUCCUGCCUGGCUGUGGAUGGAUCAUGGGGUUUAGCGUCUGGCUGUGUGUGCUGUGCCUGCAGGCCAGCCUGCUGUCGCACGCCCUGGACUGCUCCGAGGGAAGCCAGGGAGAGCUGUGCGCUGGCGGAGCGACCGCAGACAGACAGCAUGAUGACAAACGACAGCAGAGAGGGCUACACUUACGAGAGCAGCUGGAUUUGUUCAGACGUAAGAGGCAGCUGGAGCGGAGGGGCCCCACCCACCUGAGUCACUCCAGCCUCCCGGGAGCCGUCUCCGUCAAGGGCUACCCUAACACUCUCAUCCAGGCCGACAGGUCGAGGAGACACUUGACUCAAGCUCCGAAUAAGAAGAAGAAGAUGCACAAACACCGCCCGGGCUACCUCUCCCUCCUUAGCAACGACAAGACAGCCAACCCCCUACAGGUGACCAGAGUGAGGAGACAGGUGAAGCUUGACCCGUCCAAGAGGGGGAAGUCGGGUCGCUCUGGAGCGUUCUCGGUCCUGGGAGAUCCUCAGAUUGACGGACAGAGCGACAGGCCCGAGGGGAGCAUGUGAGGCGCUGCGGGACGGGGAAGGCGACUCGAGACCAAGGAGGCGCGCGGUGCCGCCGGACGGGGGAAAUGUAAAGUGUUGGAACAGAGAGGCUGUGGAAAUCUCUGUGUUGGCACUCACUGUGUGUGUUUAGUUUUCCGUCAGGUAGUUCUGUGAGUGUCUGCCAUGAUUAUUUUUACCAGAAAGCUGCCACGCAUUAAUCAGAGCAACCCUGUGGCACGUUCAGUUUUACUCCGUGUGUCUGCAUGUUAGAACAAGAGAUCUUGUUUUCUGUAUUUUUUUUGCUGUAACCUAUUUAAUCGCAUCUAAAUGUUUGGAGUAUAUUUUUGCACAACUCUUUUCUUUUUUUUUUUCUCCUUUUCUGUCAUAUGAGGUUUCAAUAAAACUUUAAUGGAGAGUUAUAAUUAACAAGUCUUUAAUAAUUAAAAAUUGUAUGCCAUUUUA